GGGGGCGUGGAGGAGGCAACAGGCUUCCGAAACAGUGGUACAGUCUUUCCCAUUUUCCCUAAAUUGGCUGAUAAUAAGAGGUAUGACUUCUUCAUUCCCGCUGAGCGCUAUCCUGGGACAUCGGUCUGCGCCGCCGCCUGCCUCACGGGCCUCCCACUCACAGUUACCAACGCAGCUUUUAAUUCACGAGAUGCUGUGUACACAUCCUCCCAGACUGUUACUAUACGGCUAAUGCUCAACGCACUGGCUCCUAAUACAGCACUUCCACGGUAAGUUGUUGUUAGUAUGCCCGUAAACAAAUGAGUGCGUAUUACUCACUUGGCAACGAACGCUCCUCUCCUCAGAAUAACUGGAGUGAAGACAGUGUUGUAUAGCGUGGCGGUGCGGGAGGAUGUGUUGCGCGCGACUCCCGGGGAAUGUUGUGAAUCCUGUGUUAGUAAAGUGCUUUCUGGAGGCGUGCCGUAGCCCUUGAGGAGUGCAGCAUGGAGGAGAAGGACGAGCUUAUCUCCAGGCUCCACUCCGAGUGCGCGUCGCUCAAGAAGGAUUUGGAGAAGUCCCUGCAGGAGCGAGAUGUUUUGCUCUGCGAAGUCAAUCGUCUCAAAUUCGAACUUGAGAUGUCGGAUUUGAAGCGACUCAAGGAAGAGGAGACGACGGAGGCCAGGAUACGACGAGAGACGAGGCACCAGAGUCUUCAGGAGUCCCGAAGGAAGUCUACUUUGGAGUUCCACGGCUGCGUCAACGGCGUUCACAAAAGGUGUCUUUGAGGCGAGUGGCGGGAGGGGCAUAAUGACCCCCGUGAUGGACAUCGCCCCCGCCCCUGCGGGAGCCCCUGCAGGACUACUUCAGGCCGUCCCGCGCCGCCUCGGCGCAUCGCCACGACCCCUCGGCCACGGCGCCUCCAGCCCGCCGCAGGAGUCACCAGGAGGAACAAACCAGUUACCUAAUUCGCUCGGGGCGCCUCACUGACCCUCCGCCUCGCCGCACCAAGUCUUCCGUCACCCUCCGUCCACCGGAGUUCCUAAGGGCGCGGGACUUCCGUGAGACGCUCAGUCCGUGUGGGCGUGAUGGGCGUGACGCGGACGGGUGGGCGUGGGAGCCCCUCAGCAUGCGGGAGGCGUUGCAGGGGCCUCACGUGCCCUUCAGGUUUUGCCCGACUCUCGCCGCCUGCCACAUCCCCAGGGCCUCCGUCAGGGUGCCGAGGAAGCAACACAGGUAAGGCUUGACUGCGAGUGGUGGUAGUGGUGGUGG